UUAUAUUACGUAAGGUAUGGUUGACUUAUGUUAACCUACAAAAUUAAUGGUUGAAUUCUGUUCGUAGAAAUUAUUAAACAUCGUCAGUUACUACGUUGUGUAAAGAACUCAAACCCAAAUUUCAACAGUUAUGAGAUGUGAAACCCAGUAGCCAUCAUGCCGCAGACACACAAAAGUGUUGCCUUCAGUGGCAAAAAGAAAAAGGAGCAGCUCAGAGCACGAAAGGAAAGAAAAUUAUUUAUCCCCACAGGAAAUGUGCCUGAACAUCAACGCAUCGACCAUCACGGGGGAUCAGAAUUAUCCGAGACACAGUUUGCCGAGCUAAAGCAAGAUGGUUCUACAGAGCCAGUGUGUUUGAACUACCUAGAAGAUAUAAAUUCCAUUAACCAGCAGCCCAGGGGUCAGGGUAAUGCUAACAGGUAUAAUUUGAAGUUUAGAAAAGAAACACCUGAAGAAGCUGAAAGGCGAAAAGCUCAUCACUAUAUUGAAAUAGAUCAAGUACCGGAGUAUAAAUUGGAAGCUACAUCAGACCACUUCUAUCCCCCUGGCCUUGGUUACCCAACUCGACCACCAUGGAGGAAGAACACAUCAAAGCAAGAAUUAGAUCACAGUGAAAACAAACAUUUUAGACUUUUUUGUGAAAAAUUGGAUCGGGAUUUUGCUGCAGUCGAUCUAAGUCUGUACGAGUUGAACCUGGAAACCUGGCGACAACUGUGGAGAGUAACAGAGAUGUCUGACAUUUUACUAAUUAUCGUAGAUGCUCGAUUCUCAGUUGCCCAAUUCCCACCAUACCUGUACAAGCACCUAGUGGAGAAGGAUAAUAAGGGAAUUAUACUUAUCCUGAACAAGUGUGACCUUCUGCCCCCAGCUGUAAUAGCAGCCUGGGAGCAGUACUUUCACAACAAGUUUCCCAAGUUGAUUGUGGUCCCAUUCUCAUCAGUGGAGGGUUAUGCUUUCCGCAAAGGAACAUUAAGAAUGGCCGCGGAAGGCUCACUCAGGCUUAUUGAUGCUUGCCAAAAGUUGGUGGAUGAUUCAGUGAAUCUAGACCUUUGGAGGAAGAAGGUAGAGGAGGAAAGAGAAUUGGAAAGUGAGGCAGGCCAUGAGUGUGAAGCAACAGAGGGUGUGACAGUGAUGGCUCAGAGCACCAGGCCUGAGCUCCACCAGCGCUUCCAGAACGGAAUCCUCACUCUUGGGACGAUCGGCAACCCAAAUGUUGGAAAAUCAUCGCUUAUUAAUGCAAUUAUGGGGAAGAAGGUAGUGAGUGUGAGCAAAACCCCAGGCCACACCAAGCACUUUCAGACCAUUUUCCUCACGAAGAAUGUCAAAUUGUGUGACUGUCCAGGUUUGGUGUUCCCCUCCACAGUCUGCACACCACUACAGGUUGUGCAGGGCAGCUAUCCUAUAUCUCAGGUUCGUGACCCAGUAGGUGUCGUGCAGUACAUUGCCUCGAGGCUAAACAUUCCAGGACUACUCAAGCUGUUCAGUGAUGAGGUGGAAGGAUCUAAGUGGACAUCUUACUAUAUCUGUGAAGCUUGGGCCAGAAAGCGAGGAUAUUUCACACGCGCUCGAGGUGGACCAGAUGUUUCAAGAGGAGCCAAUGAGCUCCUUCGAAUGUGUCUCAAUGGCCAAAAAUCUCUGGUAUUAUUCUUCAGGCCACCAGGCUACUGCAAGGACAGAGAUAAAUUUGAAGCAAAUCCUCGAGUAGAAGAGAUAAAACUUAUCCAAGGAAUUCAUGCUAAAGACACUGAGCCACAACCUAGAGAGAAGGCAAUGGAUGAAGGCAUUGAGGAGGAUGAACCGGGUGAAGAAAUGGAAGGAAGAGAGAACCAUGAAGAUACUGAAGAAAAUGAGACAGAGAGUGAAGAGGAAGAACCUAGAGCCACUAUACAAAAUAAAUUUGCCAUCUUGAUUGAAGAUGAUUAAGCUAAUGGUCUUGUCGAUGAGGAAGAUGUUGAAACGGAGCGACACGUCAGCAACAUGUACUGACAGGGUUUCCUCACCCUCGACCACCACCAAGGUCUUCUCAUCCUCGACCACCACCAAGGUCUUCUCAUCCUCGACCACCACCAAGGUCUUCUCAUCCUCGACCACCACCAAGGUCUUCUCAACCUCGACCACCACCAAGGUCUUCUCAUCCUCGACCACCACCAAGGUCUUCUCAUCCUCGACCACUACCAUGGUCUUCUCAUCCUCGACCACCACCAAGGUCUUCUCAUCCUCGACCACCACCAAGGUCUCUCCUCACCCUCGACCACCACCACAGCAUCACCAUCCUCCACUACAGAAACAGACUCCAAUCAGCCACUAGACAGAAUCCACCCAGAAAAUCUACACGGCGCAACACUACCGUAACGCUUGGCACUUCAGGCAGGCAUAGCGUGUGAAGUUGACAGAUAACUCUGACCAAAACUAAAUCAUUAAAACCAUCUGUCAGUUCUAUAAUAUAAGGAAGAAUCCCAAAGAUGAAAAAUGUUUUGGAUCUUUAGCAAUUGUUUUACAUUAUUUUUUUGUGUUUCCCGAUAAACUUUUCUUCCUCCCUCUCAUUGCCAGCUCUGUUUGUUUCUUGUUAGCAAUUUCUUCAACACUUACACAGUAACUAAUGGUCAGUGUAUUUAUACAGAAAGAAUUAUACAGUGCUUAUGUUUUCUGAUGUACAAUGGCUAAUAUAACCAAAGAUCAGUGUACAGUAUAUAUUAAGGAAGAAUUAGACAUACUGUAUUUUGUUUUAUGGUGUAGAAGUGCCUAUUUUAUAUAUAUAUAUAUAUAUAUAUAUAUAUAUAUAUAUAUAUAUAUAUAUAUAUAUAUAUAUAUAUAUAUAUAUAUAUAUAUAUAUAUAUAUAUUAUCAUGAGUCUUUCAGAUCCUGUUGAAUGCAUGGAUGGUGUGUGUGAGUAGGUGUAUGGUGGUAUGUCGAGGUAUGCAGUGGUGGUGUAGGUGGGAGGUAGUACAGUGAAGGUAUGCAUUGGUGUGUGGUGGUGUGCUGGUGAAAUGAUAAAUAAAAUUAAAUAUUACUGAUUAGGGAGAUUAAUUGUUCAUUGAUAAAUUUUACAUAAACAAUAUUCGUGAUUCUGUUAAACAUCAUCAUUUGCUCGUACUUGUACUGUACACUGAAACCCCCUUAAUUCCGAAUCACUCAUAAUUUGUAAUGUUUUUGUGCUACGAAAUAUAUAUUACAAAUUUUUUAAUAUCUGGUAAAAUUUCACAUUACAAGACAUUUACUGCUAUAUGUUUCACUCAUUUCGGUCACAGUCAGUUCGUGUUAGUUAGUCGUGAGUGCACAUGCACAUCUACAGUCUAAUGCGCAAUCAUUUUUCCAUCAAUGCCCUGUGUUUGAGCCAUUAUAUCUGAUAAUCAUGGACCAAGCACCCAAGUCUGGUACAGAGGUAAUGUAUUUAGAAACUUUUACAUUUUUAUUGGGGCAGAUAAUGGAAAAGUACCAUUGAUAUUUUUUUCCCUAAGAAGAAGGUGUCCCUCAUAUUUCGUAAGAUCUCAUAAUAGCUAGAGCCCAUUAUUAUUAUUUUGAGUUAUGGGAACUUUACUGUAUAGAGCUAACUUGAUCACCUGUCUCUCACAUUAUACAAUAUAACAUAAUAAUUAUAGACUUGAAGGAGAGCUUGUACUGUACUGCCCUGAUCUAUGAACAACCCAUGUAAAGUAAAGUAUUAAUUAAAAGCCUGAAGUUGUUGGAUAAGUAUAAAUAUUGUCAACACACAGUAGUUAUGAUGUGGUCUCUUGAGCAUUCAUCAACUGUCUUGGUUUUGUGUUUGGGGAGAUAUACUGUAUGGCUUUACAUGUGCAGUACAGUUCUAUUCAGUACUAAGAUGAAUAUAAAUAAAUAAAGUCCUGCCGAUCUUUGUC